AUGACGGAAGCGUCUGCUUUGGAAUAUGACUUUGUGGUGAUCGGUGGUGGAACUGCUGGAAACGUUGUUGCUGGAAGGCUCGCUGAGAAUCCUACAGUGAGAGUAUUGGUGAUUGAGGCCGGUGAUGGAGAUCCAAAUCAAAUCCCUGAGAUCACGACUCCCGCUCGAGCCUUCCAGCUCAGAAACAGUCGCUAUGACUGGGCAUACCAAACAACUUUUGUGGACAAACCAGAUUACGAGCGCAUUGAAAAGCAGAAUACCCGUGGGAAAGUUCUUGGUGGGAGUAGUAGUCUGAACUACUUCACUUGGCUACGUGGGAGUAAUGGAACUUUUGAUGCUUGGAAAGGAUAUGGCGGCGAUCAGUGGACCUGGGAUACUUGUAAGGAGUAUUUUGAGAAGCCCGCUUCAUACCACGACGAUCAUAAAAUGUACGAUCCUGUCUUUUCGAAGAUUGGUCAAAAUGGCCCGUUGCAUGUUUCUCAUGCAGACCUGCUCCCGGAGACCGAGUCUUUCCGACAAGCACUAACGAAAGCAUGGACGGGCGAAGGCCAUAUAGUGAGGGAAGACAUAUAUGAUGGCGAGGUGCACGGCCUCACCCAUUGCAUCAGCACCGUCUACGGAGGUGUUCGAUCAAGCAGUGCGGUGUAUGUGAGUGGCAAGGAUAAUAUUGAUUUCAUGUUUUCGAGUGUUGCAACAAAAAUCAAUUUCGAGGGUUCGGAACAAGAUUCGGGGGCCGCGCCAGUCGCGGCAAGUGUCAUCGUUGUCGAUGGAAGCCAACGCCAACAGACUGUGCGGGUCACAAAAGAGGUUAUACUUUCGGCAGGUGUUUUUGAAACACCAAAACUUUUGAUUCUUUCCGGCAUCGGCCCAAGACGUGAAUUGACCCGCCAUGGCUUGCAGCCUGUGAUAACCUCCGAGCAUGUGGGUGAACAUUUGCUUGAUCAUCCUAUUCUUCCUCAUGUUUUCAGAUUGAAAGAUGGGGUUGGUCUGGAUCACAUCCUCCUCCGGGAGGGAACUCACCACAAUAACGCGAUGGCACGGUAUGAGGAGAGCAAGACAGGACCUUUAGCAAGUGGACUUCUUGAGAUGGUGGCCUUUCCACGAAUCGAUGAAAGGCUUAUGCAAUAUGAGCAAUAUCGCAAAGCCAAGCAAGAGAAUGGUGACAAGGAUCCAUUCGGUCCUGAAGGUCAACCUCAUUUUGAGAUUGUUUUCGUGCCCAUGUUCUGUGAUGCCUUCCAGUGGCACUUUCCUAUCCCACCAGAAGGAGACUGGUUGACCGUUAUCGUCGAUCUCCUACGCCCACAGUCAAAGGAAGGAUACGUCAGACUAAACACGACAGAUCCACGAGAACAACCAGAUAUCAAUCUGAAUUAUUUUUCCAAUGAGCUUGACAUUCUUGCUCUGAGAGAAGGUGUUCGAUACAUCGACGAGAUAUUGAUGGAGGGGGGUGGGAUGAAAGAUAUAAUAAGGGAAGACUAUCCAUGGCCGAUGCCCCGCGAGUCUGAUGAAGAGAUGGAUCGACUUGUCAUGGAUCGAGCACAGACUAAAUAUCAUCCAUGUGGUACUGCUCGGCUCUCUCUGGAUAUUCUUCAGGGGGUAGUUGACUCUGAGCUGAGGGUACACGGGGCCACGAAUCUGCGCAUCAUUGAUGCCUCUGUGAUUCCGAUCAUACCUGAUUGUCGAAUUCAGAAUACUGUCUACAUGAUCGCAGAAAAGGGUGCCGAUAUGGUCAAGAAGUGCUAUCCAGAAUGGUAUGAUUAG